AUGAUGCGUAUGAGGACUAAGUUGACAGGGCUGUCACCUAUGAAUGGUAACACAGCCCAUGGUGACCGACACCGAGGUGUUGGUGUUGUCAAUGGCGUCGGCGUCGGCGGAGGUGUCGGUGGUGGAGAAGGAGAAGGAGGGCCGGAGAAUUGGGAGAUGCGGCCAUGUGGGAUGUUGGUACAGAAAAGAGUAGAUGAAGAUCAAAAUACCAAACCUCCACCAACUAUUCGGGUUCGGGUCAAAUACGCGUCAAUCUACCAUGAAAUCCAUAUUAAUUCCCAAGCUUCAUUUGGGGAAUUGAAGAAAAUGCUGGCAGCGCCAACAGGUUUGCAUCAUCAAGAUAUGAAAGUGUAUUACAAAGAUAAGGAGAGAGAUUCGAAGGAUUUUUUGGAUAUUGUUGGAGUGAAAGAUAAAUCGAAAAUGGUAUUGGUGGAGGAUCCACUUAGCCAGGAAAAAAGGUACCUUGAAAUGAGGAAGAAUGCCAAGAUGGAGAAAGCAGCCAAGUCUAUUUCAGAGAUCAGUUUGCAAGUAGACAGACUUGGUGGUCAGGUGUCAGCUCUUGAAUCAGUGAUCUUGAAAGGGGGAAGAGUAGCAGAGAAGGAUGUUGUAAAUGUCAUUGAAUUAUUAAUGAAUGAAUUGAUCAAAUUAGACGGAAUUACCGCCGACGGUGAUGUCAAAUUGCAAAGAAAGAUGCAGGUGAGGCGAGUUCAGAAGUAUGUAGAGACUUUGGAUGUGCUAAAGGCGAAAAACUCGACACCAGCAGCAAAUGGAGUUCACAGGACAAAUGAAAACUCAAAUGGGCAUGCCAGGAACUCAGUCAAUGGUAACGGUAAUGGUUAUAGUAAAGAGAAAACAUCAAAUUUGGGAAAACCACCUCUUCCCUCCUCACAAAGACAGAGACAUUCUAUAGGCCAUUCGCCAUUACAACCACGGCAACAAGAGCAACCAUCAAGGCAAUCUACUUCAGGGAAUGGGACUGUGGUAACCACACAAUGGGAGACUUUCGAGUCUGCACCCCCGCUUAUUCCUGUAUCCCCUACAUCAUCGGGAUCAGGCACUCCAAAACUCAUCAGCCCCAAGUUCCCUUGGGAUUUUGAGUAAGAGAAAUUUAUACAUAUCCCCCUAUAUGUUUUAUGUGUGUGGAUGUGUAAUUUUUUUUUUUCUUUCACAUUCCGAUAUCUGUGUCCAGUUGGAUUUGGUUUCAGUUUGUUCAUUCUUUUCUGUAUCUAGAUUUUGUUAGUACCCCCUUAUUGCCUCACCAUUUGGGAAAUAAACAGGGGAUGUAUCCAUGAAUAUCGAUUAAUACUAUGAUAAUGGCCCGUUUUAUUUUA